AUGACGAAAACUUCAGGAGAUGAUAGAAUUGGUAGAGCAGCAAUCGGAAUUGUUCCCGAGGAGUUCACUGAGGAGAACUAUGAGGAAUGGAAAAGAUGCUUGGAACAUUAUUUGGUUGGUCAUGGCCUUUGGGGUGUUGUUUCUGGAGAGGAGAAAGAUCCUAUAAACGAUGAGAGACAAGAAUAUGGAGAAGAAAAGAAACAAGAACAUGAGGAAUGGAAGAAGAAGAAUGCAUUGGCCUUGCAUGCCAUCCAACUUUCUUGUGGAACAGGCACAUAUGUUAAACUUAAGGAAGCUCACACUUCUGCGGUAGUUGCAUGGAAGCAUUUGGUGGAAAAACUAAGGCCCAAGAAAAUAUUUGCAAAAGGUGAUCGUGAAGAUGAAAGCAGCCGUGUUGAAGAAGAAGGACCAAAAGAGUACCGUCGCUAUAGGCCCUUGUACAUAGCAAUUGCAACAGGCGAUUUUGAUCGCACAAAAAGUCUCCUUGAUCAAGAUCCAGGCGCUGUUAGGGCCAUAAUUUCAUCACAUAGAGGAACUGCACUUCAAUUUGCCAUUGUAAAUGGACACAUGAAAAUUGCAAAGGAACUGUUGAGGAGAAUGGAACAAGCAGACUUGGAAAUGGUUAAUGACAAUGGAUGCACAGCUCUAACUUUUGCUGCAAUCCGUGGUGUAACAAAGUUGGCAAAAAAAAUCGUGGAAAAAAAUGACGGGCUUCUUAUCAAGGAGAAUGACGGACUUGAUGGGCAGCUUCCUGUCAUAGUGGCUGCUUUGUAUGGUCAAAAGCAUAUGGUUGAUUAUCUAUACUCGGAGACACCAAGAGGGUUAUUUCGCCCAGGGGUGGGUGAGAAUGGAGCUACACUGCUUAAUUCCCUGAUUACAGCAGAAAUGUAUGGUAAGAUUGUGGAUGUAAGAGGCAAUAUACCAAUCUGCAUCAAACCCUUCUUCAAUAUAUGUGCCCCUAACCCCUUUCUGAUUGCUACAGAUGUUGCUUCAAUGCUACUUCGACAAUAUCGAAAACUUGGUGUCACCCCAGAUCAUAAUGGUGACUAUGCUCUCCAGUUACUGGCUCACAAGCCAUCUGCAUUUCCUAGUGGAACCAAACUUGUUUUCUGGAAAAGAUGGAUCCAUUCAUGUCUAAUGGGAGAUUCUCCAUUGGGGAGUCCAACAGAUUCUGCUAAAGAUGAUCAGACAACAAAAGCAAGCAUGAUUGGAGACCACAGCAUUGAGAUUACUGAUCAUGAAACGAAUUUGACAGGAAAUCGAGGCCUACAGAUUACUAGCUUUGUGCGGAAGGUUUUGCAUGGACUCGGUUGGAGCAUAUUCAGUUGCCUUGGUUUGUAUCAUGACAGGAAAUUGAUUCAUAAAGAUGCCAUUGAACUCCUGAAGCUCAUAUUUGAGGAAAUCCGGGAAUUGAGCAUGGAAGACCUUGAAAAGAUGGAUAUCAUGAAAAUUUUAUACGAUGCGAUUGAGCAAGGAAUCAUUGAGUUCGUUGAGAAAAGUUUUACAUAUAAGACCACAAUCAUAUAUAAAAGAGACGGAAAGGGCAGAACAAUUUUUUCACAUGCAAUUCAGCUUCGCCAAGAGAAAAUUUAUAGCUUUUUAAAUGCCUUGGAAGCAAGAAAGAGCAUACUAGCACGUAGGCGUGAUUUCUUCGGCAACAAUUUGCUACAUUUAGCAGCCAAGCUGUCUCCAUUGUCUCAACUUGACAAGAUUUCUGGAGCAGCUCUUCAAAUGCAAAGGGAAAUACAAUGGUAUAAGGAAGUUGAGAGUAUUGUACAACCAAGGAUGAAGGAACAACGUAAUGCCUAUAAUAAAACACCUUCUGAACUCUUUACUGAAGAGCAUAAGGUGUUGGCUAAGGAGGGAGAAAGAUGGAUGAAAAAUACGGCAGGAUCAAGUAUGAUUGUGGGAACUCUCAUCGCUGCAGUCAUGUUUACAACAGCUUUCACAGUUCCAGGUGGUAAUGAUAGUAAAACAGGGCUCCCUGUCAUGCUGGAAACUCAAUCAAAAGCAUUUUUGAUUUUUAUGGCAUCAAAUGCACUGUCGCUGUUCACUUCUUCGACAUCAAUUCUAAUGUUCUUGGGGAUUCUCACCGCACGUUAUGCAGAAGGAGAUUUUCUCAAGUCCUUGCCCACAAAGCUAAUAUUUGGAAUCACGUGCUUGUUCGUCUCGAUAGUCACCAUGAUGGCAUCAUUUGGUACUGCUCUCUAUCUGAUGCUGAUCAAACAAGUAGCUUGGAUUUCCUACCCAAUCAUAGCUUUCUCUGUUAUUCCAAUAGCUCUUUACUCAUUGUUGCAAUUCCCUCUUCUGGUUGAGAUGAUCAGUCGCACUUACGGACAUGGCAUCUUCGAAAAACCUAAAAAGAAGCUCUAUAGUUUUGCAACCGACACUACUACCAGCAUCUGA